AUGCGACCACGCAAUAAAUGCGAAUGCAAGGUUCCGCAUCUCAUGGCCGUCGAUGAUUUAUACAUGUUGCAGGAGGCCGACCAUCUUGACGGACAGAAGGAGCCCCAGAAGAACAGACCUCACUGCCUACCAACCCUGGCUCAUUUCACGAUGGAAACGCCAGGACUUGACCAGUUUCUUGUGUCUUUGAAAGAGUACUACAACACGAGCGAUCUAUCUGAUGCUGUUAUCACUUGCGAAGAUAAAGUUUUCAAAAUCCACAGGAUUGUCCUGUCAGCGCAUUCCAAGUACUUUGCGAAACAACUAAACGGCAAUUGGAAGGAAACAUCUGAAAGGAAAGUCGAGAUCAAAGACUUCGAUCCCAGUGUUGUGGAAGCCAUGCUGUGCUUCGUCUAUUCCUUCGACUACAGAAACACCUGUGGUACCUCUUCUAUGAUAUUCGACGCUCAGGUCUAUCAAAUCGCCGACAAAUACGACAUUCCGGCGCUCAAAGCUCAUUCGAAAGAGAAAUUCGCGUCAGCUGUUGCUGCUGGUUGGAAUAUGGACGAUUUCCCACUUUCUGUCAGCGUGGUCUAUGACUCUACGCCCCAAGAAGACAGGGGACUUCGUGACUUGGCGGUGGAGAUCUCUCGAAAGAACAUUGAUACACUGCUCGGACGCGACGGCUUCUGUGAACUCCUCAGAAAGACUGCUGACUUUGCCGCUGAUUUGAUUCCUUUCUUGUGUGGUGGACCUUCCUGCGGCAUGCGCUACAAAUGCCCUUCAUGUGCCCACAAGUUUCACGGAGAUUAUAAUAAAGGUAGUUUUUACUGCCCAAAAUGCGCCGAAAGGUAUUCAGACUGGGUCUCAUACCAGACACAGGAUUAA